CGCCCAGGACUGCCCGGUUUUUCCCGCCCUUCACUGGCCUCCAGAGGAGGGUCAGAGUUCACACCGCUCCCUGGGGAUACCUGCCGGGGAAUGCGAGGACUAGUAGGUGACAGACGUCCUUCAGGUCUUGAAUCUUAAGAAGCAAAGGACAUACUUUUGGGCUAACUCCGCCGAGAACUAGGAGGCGGGAAGAGAUUGUGUGGGCGGGGUCGGAGGUGAAAGGUCAUAGGGCUACGAAAGGGGCGGAGCGAGCCGGAGGCGGAUGGCGGCUGAGGCGGCUCAACAGCUUCGGCGGCAGAGGCGCUGAAACGGGGACGUGGGUCGGGCGCGUCCGGCAGUGGGAGGAGAGCGGUGGCCGCUCCCAACAUGCACAGCCUGGCGACGGCUGCGCCUGUGCCUACUGCACUGGCUCAAGUAGAUAGAGAAAAGAUCUAUCAGUGGAUCAACGAGCUGUCCAGUCCUGAGACAAGAGAAAAUGCUUUGUUGGAGCUAAGUAAGAAACGAGAAUCUGUUCCUGACCUUGCACCUAUGCUGUGGCAUUCAUUUGGUACUAUUGCAGCACUUUUACAGGAAAUUGUAAAUAUUUAUCCAUCUAUCAACCCACCCACCUUGACAGCACACCAGUCCAACAGAGUUUGCAAUGCUCUGGCAUUACUGCAAUGUGUGGCAUCACACCCAGAAACCAGGUCAGCAUUUCUUGCAGCACACAUCCCACUUUUUCUGUACCCUUUUUUGCACACUGUCAGCAAAACGCGUCCUUUUGAAUAUCUUCGGCUAACCAGUCUUGGAGUUAUUGGGGCUCUGGUGAAAACAGAUGAGCAGGAAGUAAUCAACUUUUUAUUGACAACAGAAAUUAUCCCUUUGUGUUUGCGCAUUAUGGAAUCAGGAAGUGAGCUCUCUAAAACGGUUGCCACAUUCAUCCUCCAGAAGAUCCUUUUAGAUGACACCGGUUUGGCUUAUAUAUGUCAGACAUAUGAGCGUUUCUCUCAUGUUGCCAUGAUCUUGGGUAAGAUGGUCCUGCAGCUGUCCAAAGAGCCUUCUGCCCGUCUGCUGAAACAUGUAGUGAGAUGUUACCUUCGACUCUCAGAUAAUCCCAGGGCACGUGAAGCACUCAGACAGUGCCUCCCUGACCAGCUGAAGGACACAACCUUUGCCCAGGUGCUAAAAGAUGACACCACCACGAAACGCUGGCUUGCACAACUGGUGAAGAACCUGCAAGAGGGCCAGGUCACCGAUCCCCGGGGUAUCCCCCUGCCCCCUCAGUGAUCCUCCCCUGUCCCCUCCCACUGCUCCCACAAGUUGGGGAAGGGAGAGGGAGCCUUCAAGGAAAACAGCUCAGGUUUUAUCGCCGACCGGGAAUAGACAACCUCAAUGCUGAACUGCACUGGAGAAGAGGGGCACGGUGCCCUGCCGAGGUGUGCGAGCUGCCCUCUCAGGCUGCCUCAAGGACCUGGGCUCCCUCUGCUACUCCCAGGAAAUGGGCUCCUGACACAGCAGUCUGCCACCGCAGCCCCAGGAGGGUGUCAACACCAGCAAAUGCUGUAUUUGCAGCAUGCCCAAGAUGACCCUUCUCCCCAACCUCUACCUAGCCAUUGGCAGGGAGAGGAGACAGUGGCGAUAGCAGCAGCACUCUAGGCUUGGUGAACGCCUGGGACCAAGCCAUGUGGCAUUUUUUUAUUUUGCCUUUCUGGAAGACUCAAGAUGUGUCUCUUCAUUCUCUCUCUCAGUAUUUGUUUACUUAGUUUUUUUUGGUUUUUUUUUUGUUUUGUUUUGUUUUUAAUCUCAGAGAGAGGUGUGUUUAGUGACACAAGCUGUAAUAUUCAGCAAAACUUUGUCAAUUGGCACUGUUUACAAGUCUGUUAGCUGCAUAAGCUCAAUAAAAAAUUGGUCUGGGCAUUACAUCCCCUCCAGCAGACCAAUAGCUGCAUGAACUGUUGGGAGGAAUGGGAGGCAGGGGAAAGGUAUAAAGCCAAAGGACAGCGGGAACCCACCGCCAAUUUCCCUUUCCUUUCCCAUUCUUCUGCCCUCAGUUCUGGAUGCCACAAGGACCUUAACCUUGUUUUUGGCUAAAUUUAGCUGCUAGCUUUUUCCAAUUUCCGUGCUUUUCCCCUUUUCACUUUCCUCCUAUUAAACUUAAAACAGACGUCUUAAUUCAUCAGACUAUUCUAGAAGGGUAUUACAUUGGAGGAGGAGAGAUGUUGCUGGAUCUCACCUUCAUUUCAAGUCCUCAAAGGUAUUUUCUGGAUGACUUUUUAAAGGGAGGGAUAAGAGGAUAGGCUACUUGAUCCCAUUCUUUGCUUUAAUGUGAAUUUCUGAGCUCCAUCUGUCUUCAUGAUUGUACUUGAAGCAGUAUUACCUGAAUUAAUUUUAUUGAUUUAAAAUAGAGGGCUGAGUCCACUAUCUUAGUCCACUCAGUCUUUUUUUUUUUUUUUUUUUGACACAUUCCCUUUUGGUCUACGGGAAUUACAGGGUUGCCACUAAAAUGUUUUCCACUUGUUCAUAUUGUGUUAUAGAAUCCUCCUUCCUUAUCUGGAGCUUUAGAUGACUCUGUUCACAAUCCAGUGUAAAAUGCCUUGCUUUCCCCCAACCCUUCCCCCUACCAACACCUGCUCUCUCUGUUAUCUCCAUCCCCAAUCAAAUAUGGGAUUGUUAAUCCAACUCUAGAAAGAGACCAAGUAUUUCUGUCCACGUCUCUGAACAAGUGUCUCUGAAGGUGUCUCUGAACAAGUUUGGGGAGGGUCUAUAAGAGGCAAGCUCACAGAAACCUUUUUGCAGAGGCAGUUUUGCUAACACAAGGGCUCUUUCAAGCCGACUUUCAUAAAGGGAGCCGGCCUUGUUAGUUGGCUUCUGUCUCUUUAGAGCCAAGAAAGUAGUAAUUAAAUAGCUUAGAUGUAGGAAGGGUAGGAUAAGCACUUAUUCCCCUGCCUUCCAAAAUGAAGAGGAGAAGCAGGCCAGCAGCUCUCAACAAUCUCAAGCCUGAAGAGGAGAGAUCUUGGAGAAACAAACAACGUGGACUGGAUAAACAUCUUGACUCCCUUCAACCCAUAGUUUGUAUCUGGAGAGUCCAGCUAGGGUAACCCUGAUUUUUGCCAACCGCCUUACUGCUGAGCCAGUUUUUCCCCCUCCACUGGGGAAGCAGCUGAGGCCCAGGGCCUUGCUCCCUGGGAAAUUCUCCAUCUUUCGGUGCAUUGGCCAUGUUGCUGUGCCAAUAGUGUCUUAAUUCUUGUUCCAUCUGUUCUCAGCUGGCCUUGGACCCCAUGUAGAAGUUGUAGAGGAGGGAUGGAAAUGAGUAUUAUUCCUUGUAGUUGGUCCUGAUGUCAUGUGUGUAUAAAGAGACUUCUCCCCUCAUUUUAUGUUUUCCAUCCCUCUCACUCCCUCUACAGGACUGAAAUAAAACAUGCUUCUGUUUUUAUAAAAAUAA